AUGUCCCAGGCCUCAGUGGAGUCCCAGUUGACCCCCAAGGCCCAGGCCCUUCGACAGCAGCUGUCUGAUGAUCUGCUGGUCCCCAAGCAGGGCACCUACACCCAGACCGAGCACAAGAUCUACGAGGCCAACUCUGAGAGACCUCUGCCAAUUUCUGCUCUCGCCAACUACUACGGACCUCUCAAGGUCAAGAUUCCCGAGGGCACCCCUAAGGUCAAGUGUGCCGAGCUCCUCUUCAACGCAUACUUUCACGAGGACCUAGAGGUCUUCACCGAGUUUGCCCAGCGAGCGGCCUACUACCUGCGAAUCCCCGUUGAGGGACCUGUGCCCCAAAAGACCCGAUUCAAGCGAUGGACUGUGAACCGAGCAGUUUUCGUGCAUGCAAAGUCCAAGGAAAACUUCGAGCGACGAACCCACGGCCGAAAGCUCAUUCUCAACAACGCAUCCCAGGAUACCAUUCAGGUGUUGGUGCAGUUCCUCUCGCAAAACAAGCUGGCUGGUGUCGGUAUGAAGGCCAAGCUGUUCACCCACGAAGGUCUGCCCGAGUCUCUGGACCAGCUGGACGCCAUGGAGGUGGAUGAGGUCUCCAACGAGGCCGUAGAGGCCCGAGUGCAGGAGAUGCUCAAGGAGUUUGAUGCCGAGGAGGUGGCUCAGGAAAAGGAGGCUGACCAGACCCAACAGCUCCAGAAGGAGUAA